AUGGCCAAGUAUCUGUUCUUGGCUCCCGGGUUGCCUUUGCCCUUUAGUCCUCUUUCUCCUGAAGCUUUUGAAGAGAUCAAGUGCCUUGCAGGCAAAGCCUGGAAACAACACACUCGAGAAGAUGCAGGCUGUUCCACCACCUAUUCUGGGGCUUAUGGAAACACAGGGCUGAACGUAUUCACCCAUUGCCAUGUCAUUCCCUCCUCACCUACCAGGGUACACAAGCCUCAUCCACCAGAAGUGUUUUUGACAAACCAGCUUCACCAUCUACCUGGAAACUAUGGCAAUGCUAAACGUGCUGUGACAAGUGACAAGGGUAAAAUGCUACAGGUGAAGCAGCCCCAAAGGAAAAGUGUCCCUUUGCUCAAUAUGCCCACGGUAAAUGUAACUUGGAAGGCUUGGAGGGUGAAUGCAAGGAAGAGGGCCUUUCCAGUUGUGGCUCCCUAUCUGUGGAAUGCUCUCCCCAGUGAGGUCCACCUGGUGUCUUUGCUGACAUCUUGUCAGCGCCAGAUUCAUCAUAAAGCAGUCAACAUUCCAUCACCAGUAACACCACUUGAUGCAAUUCAGCAAGCUAUAAAACACGUCAAUUUAAAGGGGAACCAAACUGGAGAGGAAAUGUUAAGUCCAUCAUCUGCCAGUCAAGAUAUACUGGCUGGGUGGCCUGAGAGUGGGAGUACUCAUUCUGUUAUGCAAAUGAGGAAAGAGUGAAGCAAGAUCCUUUCAAUCUCAAGUGUAUGUCCAGCUACAGCUAUGCCAAAACUGGAGCCAGAUACUUGUUUCUCUGAACUAGUUACCAAUUCCUGGAGAAAGAAAGAAAAAUGUG